UCGGAAAGGCAACUUGUAGUGCCUUGAUUGAUUGCGGAGCAUCUCGCAACUUCAUGAGCCAACCCUUUAUGGCCCGCGCAGGCCUUGGCCCGCGCGUUAGAAGGAAGACGCACCCUACGCAAGUUACACUCGCGAAUGGCCGCACGCAAAAGUCGAUUGACCGAUGCAUUGAUGGCGUCCCGGUAUACUUUGCGCCCCCUUGCGUGCGAGCCGGUGUCUUUCGACAUCCUCGACACCAAGUUUGACAUGAUUUUAGGCAUGUCUUGGUUGCGUAGCGCCGAUCAUCCGGUGAACUUUCAUGACCGAACCGUUCAUGUCCGUGAUCGGAACGAAGUGUUAGUCCCAUGUACGGUCGCAACCCCUCACACUUCGAUUGCUUGUCACGUGGUUUCCGUUGCGAGAAUUCGCGACGCGAUAGCUCGGAAUGACGUCGAGGACAUGGGCCUUGUUUUCUUACAUGCCCUCCCCUCGCCGGACGGACCAACCGCGUCACCGCCGGACCCACGCAUUACUCACCUCUUGGAUGGGUAUGGAGACGUCUUCGAGGCUCCCACCGGAACGGUUCCGGAUCGGCCCAUACGUCACGGGAUCACUCUCCAGGCUGGUGUCGUCCCUCCGCGUGGAUGCAUUUACCGCAUGAGCGAAGAAGAACUAGAGGUACUUCGCGCACAACUCGAUGACCUUCUCGACAAGGGCUGGAUUCGCCCUACCAAGUACAAAGCAAAUCGCGACAAGUGCGAAUUCGCCAAGCAAGAGCUUGAGUACUUGGGCCAUUAUGUGACGCUGAAAGGCAUUCGUCCCUUAGCGGACAAGAUCCAAGCCAUCGUGGAUUGGCCGGAACCCCGUUGCACAACGGACGUACUCUUUUUCAUGGGUUUGGCUGGAUACUAUCAGCGCGUCGUCGAGUCUUACUCCAAAGUGGCAGCUCCUUUGUCGAGACUUCAGUCUCCGAAGGUACCAUUCGAGUUCGAUGAUGCAGCUUGUGGCGCUUUCAAUACGUUGAAGACGGCGAUGCAAGACACACUGGCCCUCCGUAUCUAUGACCCCACCGUACCCACCCAAGUGACUACGAUGUUUUCAGGUCGAUCUACGGUCCCUUAUGGCGAAUUGAAACCGAUGCCGAUUCCUCGGGCACCUCGCCUCUCCAUUGCUAUGGAUGUUACAAGCCCGUUCCCCCGCGAUCGCCUCGAUCAUGACGGGAUUCUCACGGUCGUUUACCAUUUGAGCAAGCACGCUCGUUUUCUUCCAUGCAAGUAUCGUGCUACAGCCCCCGAGCUCGCUCGACUCUUGCACACCGGCUGGAUUACCGCCCAUGGUGUUCUGGAAGAUAUUGUGAGCGACAAAGACAGUCGUUUCAUGUCUGCCUUUUGGACUUCCCUCAUGACGGAGUCCGGUUUGACUAUGAAGCCGAGUUCCACACGACACCCGCAGACAGAUGGACAGUCGGAACGAGCGCAUCAGACCGCUCAAAUGAUGUUGCGUAAACUCAUUCGUCCCGACCAGAAAGAUUGGGUUGCCCGGCUUCCCGACAUCAAGUUCGCUUAUAACACUUUGGUGCAUCCGGCAAUCUGCCUCACUCCAUUUGAGUUACAUCACGGUGGAGAGAAGGCCCGAGUCUUCGUCGAUCUUCUUCUACCACGGGCCGCCGACAUAGACGUCGCUUGCUCUCCCGCUUCCGUCCGGAAGUACCGGGACUUGCUGAUCAAAGACCGCGCGAACAUGCAAAAGGCUCAAAUCCGCAUGCAGCAGCAAGCUAAACGACGUCGACUCCCAUGUCCUUUCCGCGAGGGAGACCUUGUUUGGGUCCUCGCUGGGGAAUUCGCGCUCGAGCAGGACGUCUCGCGCAAACUCCUCCCGAAAUGGUUUGGACCAUGGAAGAUAACUUCUGCAGCAGGCGACGACCCUGCAGGUCCUUCCUUUGUGAUUGCCAUCCCACCACACCUCCAUGUGCACCCGGUCUUCCAUGCGUCGAAGCUGGCCAUCUACACGACACCAUCUGCAGACGAGUUCCCGGGCAGACGAUCACAGGAUCCGCCCUCUAUGGACGGCCAUCAGGAAGUUGACCGUGUCAUCAGGCACCGCAAGUUUGGCAACAAGCCAAUGCAAUACCAAGUCACUUUCAAGCAAUGUGACCCGGAUGACACCUGUUGGAUCUCCCGCGCAGACUUACAGGCAUUUGCACCUCUCAUCUUCUCCGACUACGAAACUCCAAGACUUGCCAUGGACAAAGCUCGUCCCACCCGACCCACCCCGGUAUCCGACAGACAACUUCGCCCUCGCAGAGCCCGUGCACUAGCAGCGGGGAUAGCAGCAGCAAACGCAACAGCUAGAGAGCAGGCAGCAGCAGCCAGAGCAACAGCAAUGGCUAACGUUACCAGCUCUGCUGCGUCAUCGACAGCGUCCUCGUCAAGGACUAGUGGGAGCUCAUUGGGAAUGCCAACGAGUUCCACAAGUUCCUCAGGCACUUCCGGUUCCACAGGCUCUAGCCAGUCUCCUAGUCAAAUGGCGGGCUCGCAGUUCAGCCCGUUGACCCCGCGUCAGAGGGAGCUCAGAGAGAUCCAGCAGGUCGAGAUGCUCCGCCGUAAGUUAGAGAAGGACCUGAAAGAUGCUACCGAUAGAGAAAAUGCGAUGAAAACUAGAGCAGCCAGGCUUGAAUCUUUAGAGGUUGACAAGGCUGAACUAGAGGGCUUGGACGAGUCAGCGUUGACUGACCCACUGAAGGUAUUGAAGAAGAACAUGCUGUCACUACACGCACACGUGGACAGCAAGUUAGACUUUAUGCACAGCACUCUAGACCAGAUCCUGGAUGCUUUGACAAGGCCAGGAUUCCGACCACCAGCACAAUCGCCGUUGCCGUUAUCGGCGAUGUCAGGCCCUUUUCCGGUUCAAGCUGGCACACAGCCAAGUGGCACAUCUGCAGCAGUCUCACAGACUGUUGCGUCUACUUCUUCGGGUCCAGCGGUGGUCGCUACACCACCGCAACAAUCUGUUCCUUCACAGGGACAGCAGCAAGGUCAAUGGUACCCCAAAACCCCAAUGAAACCGCCUCUUGCCUUCUCGGGCGAGAGAAAGGACGAGGAACUCAACACAUGGUUGAGAUCCGUCCCGGUUUGGGUGAAGGCAAAGAGGACCUUGCCUGAGGACGAAGUGGUAACUGUUGCAUCUUACCUCGAGGGUAAGGCAGCCAAGUGGUUAGAUGGUGUAGUUAUCAAGGCCGGGUAUGGGAGACGCAUGGCGGACUGGGCUAAGUCUUUGACUUUAGACCAAUUCAUGGAAAUGGUAGAGGCUCGAUGGCAUAACCCACAGGAGGCUCAAAAGGCCACUGAUGCCAUUAACAAACUGGACCAACGCAAGUUCAGGUCAGUUAGGGAGCUUACGACUACCGUUGAGAGCCUGAUCCUUGUCCCACGCAUUAACUACAGCGACCAGUUCCUAUUGACUACAUUUGUCAGAUGUCUCCCAGAGAACAUCAGGAACUUACUAGCCAGCGAGGCACGCACUGAAUACCACUCGUUUGAGACAUUGUCUAGGAAAGCCUUAGACUUAAAGGCCACACUAGGCAAUGCUCAACCCACCUCAGGAAAUGACUCAAAGAAGAAAAAGAGUCCCCUGGAGUGGAAGAAGAAGGGGCCGAAGUUGAUGAUGGUUGAGUCUGAUGGGACUCAAACUGAGAUCGACGAGCUCUCUCACCUGGUGGACUAUUCAGAGUAUGACGGCGAGGAGGUAGCUGAGGGCAGCAACCUCGCCGCGGUAGUUAAGACUAAGGCGGCAGGUCGAGGAAAGGGCCAGCCUAGGGGUGAAGGGAAGGCCGCCUCCAAUCAAACCAAACAGGCUGAUUGGGUAAAGGCAGGUCUUGAUCAAGACGUGUAGCGUGACCGCCGAACGCGUGGUGCUUGUAUUAACUGUGGGGAGUACGGACACUCACAGUACAAGUGGCAGAACACUAAGGUUA